AUGCGGGACAGAUUCACGAAAUGCGUAGAUCUACGAGAUGCGGCUCUAGAAGAAUUGACAGUCGAGAAGGCCAUAUAUACGGGCCCCAAUCAGGCUUACAGUCAACUCAACAAAUCGCGUUUUGUCUGGGGAGAUUUCGAAGCUUUGUCAUACACGUGGGGUAAACGAGGUGAUGUAAAGAGCAUCGUCGUGAACGGAAUGCACAAAGACGUUCCAAAGAAUCUCGAGGUAGCGCUGAGAGCUUUGCGAGAUCUGCCUGAGACGCGUCUGGGUAUGCGUUAUUGGGUAGAUUCAUUGUGCAUUAACCAGGAAGAUGAGAAAGCGCGCAACGAACAAGUCAAGCGUAUGAAAGCAAUCUACGGUCGAGCCAGGGCGGUCAUAGUCUGGUUAGGCCAGCAAGGAAAAAUCGACAAGGUUGCAGUUCAGACGAUGCAACACUUUUGUCUGGAUCCAUAUCUGGAGAAUCCACUUAUGCUACCAAAGGACUUGCUGACUGACGGAUGGUCUGCUCUUUCGGCCUUUGCACAAAAGCCUUAUUGGAGUCGAGCGUGGAUCAUCCAGGAGCUCGCUAUGAACCACAAUUCGACCUUGAUAUUGUGCGGAGAAUUUCAAUUGACGAGAAGAAUGAUACGCCUAGGUGCUGGCUACUGUCAGGAGUUGCUGAAAGCCUUCCAAGACAGAUCCGAUCAAUCCGAUAAUGUCUUAGGACUAGACUUAUGGCCCCUUGCAAGUCGCAUGUACCGCCUAGCAAGUCUUGUCUACAAGCCAAAUUUUGAAGAAGGUUUGACUGUGUUGCUGAACCUUGUCCGCGGAGCCGAGGCAGCCGAUGCAAGAGACAAGGUCUAUGGUAUACUUGGGUUGUUGGAUCCUGCCAUCUCCGCAGAUAUUGCUCCAGAUUACUCACUCUCAGACCAGGAGGUCUAUACAAACUUCAUGAAAUCUAUUAUCAAGAGAUCGGGACGGUUGGAUGAGAUUGCAUUUGAUGAGUUCAGAAAACAUAAUCGAGGCUUCUGUAUCGGAGGCCAGAGUUUUGAAAGCUUCUUCCCAACGGCUCAUAAUAAAGAUUUAGAAGUAGAGCUUACGCUACGUCAUUUGCGUUUGGCUAUGCUGUCUUUGGAACAAAGAGCUCUCAUAACAACGGAAACUGGUUAUUUGGGACUGGCCCCUACAGCUGUUCGCCAAGGAGAUGUCGUUGCUAUCUUAUUUGGCUGUAGGUUUCCUAUGGUCUUGAGGCCCUACCUUGAUGACAUGUAUCAAGUCAUCGGAGAAUGCUACAUCCACGAACUCAUGGAUGGGGAAAUUUUGAGUCAGGAGCGUGACGGCCAUGUUUCAGCGCGGGAAUUUGUCCUGUGUUAG